CGGGAAACAUCCAUCGGAGAUUGAAAGCUAUAUCGCUUUUUUGCUACAGGCCAAAUCUUUCGUCCAUCGCCAUCUCCCUCUUAUCCAGUUCAUAGAUUUUUUGUUUUCUCUUCUUAUUCUGUCAUCAUGUCUGACGAUGAGCAACACAACCAGCAGUUUGAGCAGGCUAGCGCAGGUGCCUCGCUCACUUUCCCUAUGCAAUGUUCUGCGCUCCGCAAAAACGGUCACGUUGUCAUAAAAGGUCGUCCCUGCAAGAUCGUUGAGAUGUCCACCUCUAAGACCGGGAAACACGGUCACGCAAAGGUCCAUCUCGUUGGUGUCGACAUCUUCACUGACAAAAAGAUGGAAGAUAUUUCCCCUUCCACCCACAACAUGGACGUUCCCAACGUGACCCGUACUGAAUACCAGCUCCUUGGUGUCGAUGACGGCUUCCUCAAUCUCAUGAACACUGACGGAGGUACUAAGGAUGAUGUCAAGCUUCCUGACAGCAAGCUUGGCGAGGAUAUUUUAGCUGGCUUCGAAGUCGCAGACACCGUUAUGGUCACAGUCACCGCUGCGAUGGGUGAGGAACAAGUUACAUCUUUCAAGGUCUCCAAUCAGUAAACGUCUUUCACUUCUGAUUGUCGCACACGUCCUGUCAUUUUUCUGUCACGUCAGCUAUUCUUACUUUUAGUCAAUAUCUGCGCAUGUACUUUCAUCAAGGCAUUGUACUGAAUGUACAUCAGUAUGACUAGGUUCCGAUGUUGGAAUAAAGAAUUAUGUAUUUCAUGUUGUAGACAGGAGUCAUUUAUGGAGGAGAUCGCAGCAAACCACGUCCAGAUAGUAAGAAUUAGUACCCUUACACCCUUGCAUGCUCCGGUCGCCCACAAUAGUUCUUUCCCCUUACUAAUACUAUCGCCAACACAGCAACCCAGUAUUCUAUCUGCUGUGCAUGAGACGUGCAACUUGACCUGGCGCGAGGCAGACGUGACCAUCUUAGUCGCAUUUGUAGCUUCUAUAGUUC